AUGGAUAUUUAUGAAGAAUAUUCUUGGUUCCUCCCUGCUUUGGCUGCAUUAUGCGCAGCAAGUUUUGUCAGUUUUCUAAUUUGCGCAUUCUGGCGAGUCAUUUCUAAUAAAAUCUUCUUCCGGAAAGCUCCGACGAUUCCAAUCAAAGAUCACAACUACGACAUCGUCGAAAACCAAGUCAACAUUCAGAAAACUUCUCCAUUUAUCACCUAA